GUUAGUGACUGGGCUGCUGCUUCCUCUGCUGGAGAGAAAUGGCGUUCCGCUCCCCUUUUUCCAUCCAGUCUUCUACUUUUGCCAAACUCCAGCAGAAGAAACUCCUUCUUCUCAACAGCACUCUCAGCAGACGACAAUCGGCAACUUGUUGUUGCGGGCAGUCAGUUUCACCCUUGUCGACCUGCCUAACCCAGAGUCGACGUCGCCCAGUCUGGCCUUUCGCACGACUAAUUUCUACAACCAUGGCGGACUCUGCUCCAGCCCCAGCUCCAGAACCCAGCAGCAGCAGCAACACGACCAUCAUCAAGGAAAAACUGCUUCCUCCCAAUCCCAAGUUCUCUCUUGACACCAAAUAUCACGGGUUGGAGAAGAAUGUUUGGGUUGAAUUUAUAGAGUUGAACGCUCAGCUGAAGCCGUUGAACCUCGGACAGGGAUUUCCCGACUUUAUGCCUGCCGAGAGCGUGGUAAAGGAGUUGGCUAGGGCAUGUGAACAGGAGGCCGAGCCCCUGCUGCACCAGUACACGAGGUCAAUGGGACAUCCCCGACUUGUGAAAGCACUGGCCAAGUUGUACUCGAGGCUUAUUGGGAAGGAUAUCAAUCCCAACACGGAAGUCUUGGUCACUGGAGGUGCUUAUGGCAGUCUGUUUGCAGCUAUAAUGUCUCAUGUAGGGCGGGGUGACGAGGUGAUUAUCGUAGAACCUUUCUUCGAUUGCUAUGAACCCCUUGUCAAGUUAGCUGGAGGAACACCAAGGUUCAUUUCUCUUAAACCGGUGAAUGUGAUGGAUGAUUCUUCUGCAACUUGGAAGCUGGACGAAGCAGAGCUCCGAUCAUUGUUUAACGAGAAAACUAAAGCUAUAAUCUUAAAUACUCCAAAUAAUCCAUUGGGGAAAGUGUUUAGUAGAGAAGAACUCACGGUGAUUGCGGAGUUGUGUAAAGAAUUUAACAUUCUUGUUAUUUCGGAUGAAGUAUAUGAGUGGCUUGUUUACGAAGGGAGCGACCACGUUAGAAUUGCAUCACUGCCAGGAAUGUGGGAGAGGACAAUUACUAUUGGAUCUGCUGGAAAGACGUUUAGUUUAACUGGAUGGAAACUAGGAUGGUCAUAUGGGAGUGCUCAUCUCAUAAAAAAUAUGCAAGUCGCUCAUCAAAACUGUGUUUACACUUGCCAAACACCAGGACAAGAAGCCCUGGCAGUCUCUUUGGAAAAAGAAAUUAAGCGCUUGGGAACAACCAACAGUUUCUUUUACAAAAUGGCAACUGAUUUGAAACGUCGACGUGAUAUGAUGGCCAAGGCAUUAAAAGAUACAGGAAUGAAUCCUGUAGUACCUGAGGGAGGUUAUUUCAUGCUGGCCAACUGGACACCAAUGGAAUCAAAAGUUGACCUAAGUUCUGAGACGGACAAAUGUGCUGACUAUCGAUUUGUCAAAUGGUUCGCCAAAAAAUUUAAAUUACUUGGAAUCCCUCCAUCCGCUUUCUAUUCUGAAGAUCAUAAGCACUUAGGAGAAAGCUAUAUCCGACUUUGUUUUUAUAAAAAGACGGAUACGCUACAACAAGCUGACGAAAUUUUAAAACAGUUCAAAAACUCGUAAUUGAAACAAAGUAUUAUAAAUAAUCUGACCUAAGAAAGAUGAUAAUUUCGAGAGCCUCUGAUAAUUUUUUGAGUGAAAGGAAUAAACGAUCGGCGAUUUGUUAUUACUUAC